UUUGUCAUUAAUAUUAAAGUUAAUUUAUAAUAAUAAUCGUUGAAUAUCUUCGAUCAAGAAUGUUUCUCAGCGUAUUCUGACGCCGGUGCUCGAAAGCUGUUGGAAUGCAAAGCUGUUUGGUCGGUGGUGUGGCCAUAUUGAUUCCCGUCUAGAGCCAGGAGUCGGAGAUCGGGUCAGCAGAAAGGCGAGAGACAACAGAAGAGGAACCAACAGUCAAGCAUCUGUUUUUCGCAGCUUGAGUUUGGGAAAAAAUAUUAAAAUAAAAACAGAAGGGGAAAAAACAAAAGAGUAAGUAAGAGGAAGAUACGAGGUGCGAGGCCAAAACAAGAAAAAAACCGGAAAAGUAUUUUCCAUCGGGGAAAACCAGCCAGGAGCCGCAUUUUGGAACCAGUGCUCGCCCAGUUUCGGAUUGAGCUUCUUUUUUGAAGAAUAGUGCGUCUUUUUUUUUUUUUUUUUGUCGUUUCUUGUGUUGGCCAGUGUAAAAUGGCGUGCGCGACGUUGAAGCGGAGCCUGGAUUUCGAUCCGGUCCACAGCCACGGACGACCCUCGAAACGUCAACGAUGCGUUCCGAUGAACGUCUCGCCUUCGAGCUCGCCCCCGACAACCAGGAACGACUACGGACCCUCGCCUUUCGCAGAACUAUGCCCCAAGAUGACACCAGAAAUGAUGGCUGCUGGAAUAAGAGAGGAAAUUCGCCGUCUACAUCGCAGAAGGCAGCUUCAUUUCAACCCCCAUCAAGAGGUGCAGAGUGACUCAUCUGACUCGGCUGGUUCGCCUUCUUCAUCCACUUUUGCAACCACCUACUCAUCGAGCACCCGAGACAAGCCAUUAUUCACAUUUAGACAGGUUGGAAUGAUCUGUGAGCGUAUGCUAAGCGAAAGAGAGACUCAGCUCAGAGAGGAGUAUGAUCGCAUUUUAAACUUGAAACUAUCUGAGCAGUACGAUGCAUUUGUCAAAUUCUCAAAUGACCAGCUUCACAGACAUUUUGAACUGUCUGCAGCCCCUAGCUACCUCUCUUAAAUAUUGGAAAAUACUAUUGUCACCACAUCAAGCGUUUCGCAGGUUAACAAGAGUAUCCCAAUAAAAUAAGUGAAUAUUUAAAAGGAAAAAAAUUUAAAAAAAAUGAAAAUACCCCAAAUUUAAAAAAAUGUAUACUCUCAUAAACAAAAAUCCAAAAAAAAUUAUAUAAAAAAAUAUUUGGAUGCUCUCCACAUUUAUAGUCAAAAUCUGACAGAAAUGCUGUGCCUAACAUAACUUUUCACCACUAUUAAAAAAGAUUAUAAAUAAAAGAACUACGAUAACAUGGUAAAAUUAGAGUAUAAUUUUGUAUUUGAAUAGUUUGUUUUAUUCUUCGUCAAAAGGUAAGAGACAUAGAGUAAAAAAAGUAAAGAGAUGAUUUGAAGAAAAGAAGUGGAGUAAACUGACAAAGGAGGUGUCAGAUUAAUGUGUGUUCUGUGUAAAUAGGCUUAGUUUUUCCUUAGCAUUCUAUUAUUUUUUUCAUUUGUUCUAAGCUCUAUCGAUUAUUGAUAUGAAUAUAUUAUAUAUAUAAAAUACAUAUUGUAAAACUAUGGACUAAUUCAAAGGAGUAAAGUUGAGGCAGAUUACAAAAUCAAGUAAAUAAUGCGAGUUUCCUGUAAAAUUUGUGAAAGUCGAUUUUUUUUAUAAGAUAACGUUUUAAGUAAAAAAAUUGAAUUGGAAAAAAAACCACUUUGUAUACCAUUUUGCGCCUUGUAACAAGCAAAUGAUUCUAACAAUAAAAAGUUAUUUUCUAAUUAUUGAGUAGUGUUUACUGUAGUGUUUAAUGAAGAAUUAUUUUCUUUAUUAUAAUUUGUUAUAAUGUAUUUAGUUUGUAAGAGUUAAGAAAAAAAUUUGGAAAAAAAUGAUUAAAUUUUGGUUCUGUUACUUUAUUUUUUCUUUUUACUAAAAAUAACUCGAAUAUGAAAACUACAAGGAUAAUUUUCUAUUUAUUAUGAGCCGAUUGUUUUACAAUUCAUAAUGCCAAUAUAUUUUUUGUUUUUUAUUAUCUGCGGACACACCAAGACAAUGCUCAACUUAAAACAGGACAACUGUUCGUUCCAUUAUUAUCAAUGGGCCAGAGUGUAAACUUGGAUAUAUACUUCUUCGUUUUAUAUGUUACAUAUGAUGUUAAUAAAGCAUGCAUUGUAUACUUUAACAAAAACAAAUUACAUUGUUUUUAUUCAUUUGUG